UCCUGGUUCGUGUCCGUAGAUCGGACGACAAACUCCCGAUCGGAGCAGAGAGCUUCCUCCCCUGUUCGCUCGCAGCAGCAGAGCAGCUCGCUUCCACCAACCCCCCGUGAGAAAAGAGAAAACAGCGCCCCAGAUCCGGCGGCCGGACGCGCCCUCCUCCUUCCCCAACCAACGGCGCUGAUCCCCUCCGCCAUCUCCGUCCAUCUCCAGAUCUCCUCCUCUCCCAAUUAAGGUGCAGCGAGCGGCGAUGUCGGACGCGGUGGGCACGCCGGAGGAGGGAGGAGGAGGGGCCGGGGCCAGGGAGCAGGAGCGGUUCCUGCCGAUCGCCAACAUCGGGCGCAUCAUGCGGCGAGGGGUGCCGGAGAACGGCAAGAUCGCGAAAGACGCCAAGGAGUCCAUCCAGGAGUGCGUGUCCGAGUUCAUCAGCUUCAUCACCAGCGAGGCGAGCGACAAGUGCAUGAAGGAGAAGCGGAAGACCAUCAACGGGGACGACCUCAUUUGGUCCAUGGGCACGCUCGGCUUCGAGGACUACGUCGAGCCCCUUAAGCUCUACCUCAAGCUCUACCGGGAGAUGGAGGGUGACACAACAAAGGGUUCGAGAUCUGAGCAGGCAGGAAAAAAAGGAAUUGUACUUAACGGACAACCUGGAUCAUCGUUCAACGGCAUGUAGGAUGGAGGAGGACGGCACUGACCGGCACACGAAUCCCGCCUGGUCAAACAUAUAUCAUCCCUUGGCACACGAACCGGUGUUGCUGGGAAAAGGACUCCAGCACGCUGUUUAUUUCUGCGCAAGCAGGAUGCUUCCAGUACUGUGUAUCUAUGGAUGUUAGUUCCCUGUCUCGAAAUGCUCCUUCCUGUAAUUCUGUGUGUGUUAACCGGUAAUGUGCAAACUUCCUGUGGUAUCUCCAAGUUCAGUUCAUCUGUUCUAUAUAUCUGCAAACAGCAUUGCCCGAUUUCGACGGUCGAUGGUGCCCUGCAUGGUAAAUUGAGAGAGAUAUCUUGUAGCUGAACUCAUCUUUGCUCCUGGGAGAGCAAAGCAGAUUUGGCAACUGUUAUAA